CCAAACCUGCCCACCGAUUUUAUAUCCCCGAUUCUCUGUGUUGUGCUCCCGUCUCCGACGAGAGAGGCGGCGACGGUGGCGUCUGCGACGGGAGACAGCGCGUCGGAGCGAGAGAGCGCCGCGCCUGCCGCCGCCCCAACAGCGGAGGCGCCGCCGCCAUCGGUCGUCACCAGACCGGAGCCGCAGGCCCUCCCGAGCCCGGCCAUCCGUGCUCCGCUCCCAGAUCUUUAUCCAUUUGGGACCAUGCGCGGUGGCGGCUUCGGGGACCGGGACCGGGAUCGUGACCGAGGAGGGUUUGGAGCAAGAGGUGGUGGUGGCCUUCCUCUGAAGAAAUUUGGUAAUCCUGGGGAGCGUUUACGUAAGAAGAAGUGGGAUUUGAGUGAGCUGCCCAAGUUUGAGAAGAAUUUUUAUGUGGAACAUCCAGAAGUAGCAAGGCUGACUCCAUAUGAGGUUGAUGAGCUACGCCGGAAGAAAGAGAUCACAGUGAGAGGGGGAGAUGUUUGUCCUAAACCUGUGUUUGCCUUCCAUCAUGCCAACUUCCCACAGUAUGUAAUGGAUGUGUUGAUGGAUCAGCACUUCACAGAACCAACACCGAUUCAGUGCCAGGGAUUUCCAUUGGCUCUUAGUGGUCGGGAUAUGGUGGGCAUUGCUCAAACCGGAUCUGGGAAGACAUUGGCGUAUUUGCUGCCUGCAAUUGUUCAUAUUAACCACCAGCCAUACUUGGAAAGGGGAGAUGGCCCAAUUUGUCUAGUUCUGGCUCCUACCAGAGAGCUUGCCCAACAAGUACAGCAGGUGGCUGACGACUAUGGCAAAUGUUCUAGAUUGAAGAGCACUUGCAUCUAUGGAGGUGCUCCUAAAGGGCCUCAGAUUCGGGACUUGGAGCGAGGUGUUGAGAUCUGCAUAGCUACUCCUGGACGCCUAAUAGAUUUCCUGGAGUCGGGAAAGACAAAUCUUCGCCGGUGCACGUACCUUGUACUGGAUGAGGCUGACAGGAUGCUUGACAUGGGCUUCGAGCCCCAGAUCCGUAAAAUUGUUGACCAAAUCAGGCCUGAUAGGCAGACUUUGAUGUGGAGUGCAACCUGGCCGAAAGAAGUCCGGCAGCUGGCGGAGGACUUCCUGCGUGAUUACACCCAGAUCAACGUGGGCAAUCUGGAGUUGAGUGCCAACCACAACAUCCUCCAGAUUGUGGAUGUCUGCAUGGAAAGCGAAAAGGACCACAAAUUGAUCCAGCUGAUGGAGGAAAUCAUGGCUGAAAAGGAAAACAAAACAAUAAUAUUUGUGGAGACAAAGAGACGCUGUGAUGACCUCACUCGGAGGAUGCGCAGAGAUGGGUGGCCAGCUAUGUGUAUCCAUGGGGACAAGAGUCAACCAGAAAGAGAUUGGGUUCUUAAUGAGUUCCGUUCUGGAAAGGCUCCCAUCCUCAUUGCCACAGAUGUAGCCUCCCGUGGGCUAGACGUGGAAGAUGUCAAGUUUGUCAUCAACUACGACUACCCAAACAGCUCAGAGGACUAUGUGCACCGCAUCGGCCGAACAGCUCGGAGCACCAACAAGGGCACUGCCUAUACCUUCUUCACCCCAGGAAACCUGAAGCAGGCCAGAGAGCUGAUCAAGGUGCUGGAAGAGGCCAAUCAGGCCAUCAAUCCCAAGCUGAUGCAGCUGGUGGACCACAGAGGAGGUGGCGGCGGAGGGGGUAAGGGAGGCCGUUCUCGGUACCGGACCACUUCCUCAGCCAACAAUCCCAACCUGAUGUAUCAGGAUGAGUGUGACCGGCGGCUUCGAGGAGUCAAGGAUGGUGGCCGGAGAGACUCUGCAAGCUAUCGAGAUCGUGCUGAAACCGAUAGAGCCGGUUAUGCUAAUGGCAGUGGCUAUGGAAGUCCAAAUUCCGCCUUUGGAGCACAAGCAGGCCAAUACACCUAUGGUCAAGGCACCUAUGGGGCAGCUGCUUAUGGCACCAGUGGCUAUACGGCCCAGGAAUACGGUGCUGGCACUUACGGAGCCAGUAGCACCACCACAACUGGGAGAAGUUCACAGAGCUCUAGCCAGCAGUUUAGUGGGAUAGGCCGGUCUGGGCAGCAGCCACAGCCACUGAUGUCACAACAGUUUGCACAGCCUCCAGGAGCUACCAAUAUGAUAGGUUACAUGGGGCAGACUGCCUACCAGUACCCUCCCCCCCCUCCACCCCCCCCUCCUUCACGUAAAUGAAACCACUCGGUGGUAGUGACUCGAGCAGGCUUAACUACAUUUAAAGGAGCACUGUCUUUCCUCUCCCCCUUCCCCUUUUUGUUCUUUCUUUUUCUUUUCCCCCAACCAUUGUGAUUUGUCUUUCAUGCAGAUUAGUUAGAGCUCACUGCCAGGUUUCUUCUGCCCACCAAAGUGAUCCAGUCUGUAAUAACAGAGUUUGUAAAAAUAUAUAUAGCCGACUGGAAGAGAUUCAUUUCCCCCAGCUUCUUGCAUGUUGAGGAUAUCGAGCAAUUUUUCAUCUUAAGAGAAAAAGUAAGGUAUUAGGCCAUUGUGUUGGAGCCCAUUUUUUGUUGUCCUAAGUUUGGGUGGGUGGGUGGGGGUGCUGAUCAAAAAGAAGACAGCGUUUGUGUUUACUGGGUUGGAAAACCUAGAGGGAUUUCCCUGCACACUUUCCGUAGUGCUGCUUCGUGGUUCUCGAAUCGGAAUGGGGUUCCUCAGGCCUGAUGAGUUUUAAGACAGAGCUUUGCCGUUGUCGUUCUGGCUGAUUGAGGACUUCGUGCAUUUCACAUUUAAAAUUCCUGAUUAGUUUUGCUCUGUUAACACUUUGCCUUCCACUCUCUUCCCCCCCUCAAUUACUGAAAAAUAACAAUAUUAGUGUCAGGUUAGAAAUCGAAUGGCUGGCUCGGAGUGUGUUUGUCUCUAUGUUGCAGAGGUUGGAUGGUAGCAUCUGAGCCUCUAGGGGGAAGCUGCCCAUUUUUCUUUGUCUUACAACCAGGGACCUCCUGUGAGAUUGGUGUUCUAGCCCAGACAGCUACUGUAGCACAUGAACAGUAAUGCUCACUGGAAAUAAUUUUAACCGGUGCACUCUGCGUUCACCUGCAGUGUGAACAGCGCCUUUGAUCAUAAACAACAUGCUGAAAAUGGGCAAAUCGUUUCAACUCAGUAUUUGUAGAGCUAGAAUAAAAGCAACUCUUUGACAGUUACUCUGCCCUUUUGGCCAAGUUAUUGUGAAUGAAGAAUCUUAAACAUAGAUGCCCUGUCUCGCACCCGUGUGCGCAGUGCUUUCUAACGGCUUCGGGAUGCAUGUCCUCAUCCUAGGCUCAGCUCCUGCCAGGUAGGUAGUGCUUGGGGCAGGCUGUAGAGGACCAGGGCUCAGUCCUUUUCCCGCACUGAAGGCCGUGAGUUCACCCCUUUGUAGCGAUCCUGGCUGCGGUGACGUCUGUCACAGGCGGACCUGGAGAGGGCUUUCCGCUCUCUGUUCACCAUUACGAGAUAGAGCGAUCAGACAGUCCCAGAACCCCCGAGUCGCCGCGGGCCGCCCCGCUAUAUGCUCGUAGUCAGUGUCGCUCAUCGAGGACCCAGCUGAGGGGGGAGAGCCCAUUGCAUUCUUUGGCCAUGGUCUGAGAGUGCGUGCUGGUUUGUAAGAACGCAAUACCUAGAUACUUGAGGGCUUUUUGUGGGGUUUUGGGGUUUUCUUUGUUUUUUGUUUUUGUUUUGUUUGUUUUGUUUUUGUUUUCCCUUUAAAAUUCUUCAAGGAGAGAGAAGGGAUGGUUCUGAGGGGUCUGGAAGUAUUCAGUGUGCAACAUCCAGGUAGGUUGUCAGCGUCAGCUGAAAUACAUGCAUGUGAGGACGUGGGCAUCCUUUUUAUUUUCCACUUUCUUCUUCCUUAACUUCUCUUUUUCUCCCCAUCCUGCAGAAGUUGAGGCCGAGGGAGGCUGGUAGGCACGGAAGCACGCGGCAGACUGCUCUGUGCGUCUCACCAGAGUGCCCCUCCCCCAGAGCGUUGCCCAAGCACUGACUUGUGGACAUGGUUCCUAAGGCCAGAAUCUGAUUGUUUUCUACUUAAGCAUAGAGGUUCCCCCACAGGGGUGCUCUACUCUUGCGGCUCUGGAAGCAUCCACUGGGGGAGGAGUCUGGGCCGGGAGGCAGUGAUUGGGCUGCUGGCUUCCCUUUUCCACCAGGGACAUGUGAUCCUAAAACCCAAGUAACCGCAGCUUCCAGAUCUCAAAAGCUCUGUGGCCUGAGCAGCGCUGAAAUCUAGCUGUAGAGUGACUCUCCUGCCUCCAUGUCCGUCCCGCACUGGCUCCGGAGCAUGGGCAGAAGAGUCCUCGCGGGAUGAUGAUGGCGUUACGGGGAAAGGGGUUUCAGUGCUGAGCUAGGGGCUGCUUCUCCCAACCCUUCCUUACAAGUCAUUGUGUGGACUUAAAUCAUCUACAAGGUUGGUGGCUUUUGCUUGGGAUCAGUGCUCUCUGUUCAUGUCUUUGCUGGUCUCUGAACACAUUCCUGUUGUGUUAAGACGUGAAGGUUCUUAGACGUGUGAUGUUCAGCCACAGGAUGCUGAGAGCUAUGUUACUAUUCUUAGUUUGUAAAUUGUCCUUUUGAUACCAUCUUGUUUUCUUUUGUAGGUAUAAAUAAAAACACUGUUGACAAUAA